CAACUCCCAAAUCCUUCAUAUCCCAAAAUGCAUCAUGUUUCGUGACUUCUGAACUCUGGAUAAAAACAAGCCGAUCAGCUGAUGGAAAAGCAACAACAUCUACAGUGGUCUGACACAGAAGAGCCCUGCAAGCUAACUUUCUUCACAACAUUAGCUGUAUGUGGCAGUCAGCUGUGUGCGUUAGACGUAUAAGUGUCCGGUUUUAGACUGUGUGGAGGCAGCCUUUUAGUUAGCCGUCGUCCGUUGGACUAGUAACCACUGCUAGGUCAGUCGACUGAAACGAAGGUGGUUUGUUUCUUCAGAAAGUGUCUUUCUUUGUGUCGGUUAGUGACAAAAUAAAAAUAUGUAUUACUGAUUUUCAAAACGUUUUUUUAAGACAUUAUGGCUCACAUUGACAGGGCUACUUUAAAAUAGCAACUUGGCAUAAACAAGUUAGCUGCAGCAUUACCAAAACAAGACAGGGGAUGCAGGGCAGCUAAUGUUAGCUCGCAAACUGUUGUGCCAAAACAAAGUAAUUCACUUGUCUGAACAAGGGCGUUUAAAUGCACAACUCUUCCCGUUAACUACUGACUGAAUAUCCUUAUUGUAACCGAGGGGUAUCCACUGACCUGUCAUUUCUUUUGACAUGAGUGGUCAAGGUCCAGCUGUAGAUAAAGGGAUGACCACAUUGCUAGGCUGUCAGGAGAGCUACGCCUGCGGGGGUUCAGAAGAGGCUGCGUUUGAGUGCGAUGAAUGCGGCAGCCUGCAGUGUGCCCGCUGCGAGAUGGAGCUCCAUCGCCAGGAGAGGAUGAGGAACCACGACCGGGUUCGGAUCGCACCCGGCCACGUCCCGUUCUGUGACUCCUGCAAGGGGGACAGCAGCUGCCCCGUGAACGGUGGACGGCUCAGGGCGGUGGUGCGCUGCCAGGGCUGCAAGACCAAUCUGUGUUUGGACUGCCAGAAACGCACCCACAGUGGGGUCAACAAGAGGAAGCACCCUCUGACUCCAUACCCUCCUGCAACAGCUCCCCAGGACAACUGCCUGGCUGCAGGGGAGUCACACAUGGAGAUACUGAAGGCCGAGCUGGAGAAGGUGUCCAGCUUCAUCUUGGUGGACGAGAGGGAGGAGAUGCAGGUGAAGGAUGUGGAAGACUUUGUGAGCAGACUGCGUUGCAAGUCAGAUGAGCUCUUGAAGGUGGUCUCCAUCUUCGGAAACACUGGGGAGGGCAAGUCCCACACCCUGAACCAUACUUUCUUCCUUGGACGAGAAGUCUUCAAGACCUCUCCCACCCAGGAGUCCUGCACCGUGGGGGUGUGGGCCGCUAUGGACCCUGUGCACCGGGUGGUAGUCAUCGACACAGAGGGACUGCUUGGAGCUGGAGCAAAUCAGGGUCAGCGAACGCGCCUGCUCCUUAAAGUCCUGGCCAUCUGUGAUGUGGUCAUCUACCGAACCCAUGCAGACCGUCUCCAUGACGAUCUCUUCAAGUUCCUCGGCGAUGCAUCAGAUGCUUACCUGAAACACUUCACCAAAGAGCUGAAAGCGACCACCACCCGCUGUGGUCUAGACGUCCCCUUGUCCACUCUGGGCCCUGCUGUGAUCAUCUUUCAUGAGACUGUCCACACCAAGCUACUAGGAUCAGACAAACCCUCAGAAUCGGUGGAGCGUCUUCUCCAGGAGCGUUUCAGGAAGCUGGGUCUGUUUCCAGAAGCGUUCAGCUCCAUCCAGUACCGUGGGACUCGCACCUACAACCCUCCCACAGACUUUAGCGGUUUGCUUCUUAGCCUUGAGCAGCAGCUGGACAACAACACCACCCGCUCACCACGCUCCGCCAGCGUCAUCUACAAGGCCCUGCAGGCCCUGAGCGAGCGCUUUAGCGGGGAGAUAGCCGAUGAACACAUGGCCAGUAACUCGUUCUUCCCGGAUGAGUACUUCACCUGCUCCAGCCUCUGCCUCAGCUGUUGUUCAGGCUGUAAGAGAAGCAUGAAUCACCUCAAGGAAGGACUUGACCACGAAGCCAAACAACGCUGCCGCUACUCUGCACAGUAUGACAACCGCAUCUACACCUGCAAGGCCUGCUAUGAAGGAGGGAAGGAGGUCAUAGUGGUUCCCAAAACGACAGCCUCGUCUGACUCACCGUGGUUUGGCUUGGCCAUCUACGCCUGGUCUGGGUAUGUCAUCGAGUGCCCCAACUGUGCAGUGAUCUACAGAAGCAGGCAGUACUGGUACGGGAACCAGGACCCAGUGGAAACAGUGGUCAGGACAGAGAUCCAGCACAUCUGGCCCGGGUCUGACGGUUUUCUGAAAGACAACAACAACGCUGCCCAGAGGUUGCUGGAUGGAGUCAAAUACAUUUCUCAGUCAGUGUCGGAACUCAGCGUGAAGCCGGCCAAAGCCGUCACCUCCUGGCUCACCGACCAGAUCGCUCCCACCUACUGGACUCCAAACUCCUUCAUCACGAAAUGCACUAAAUGUGGGGAAGAGUUCCAGGCCAACGACACAAAGCACCACUGUCGUGCCUGUGGAGAGGGCUUCUGUGACUCCUGCUCCUCAAAAACCCGCCCGGUCCCAGAGAGAGGCUGGGGGCUCGCGCCUGUCCGAGUCUGUGACGCGUGUUUCCACAACAGAGAAAUCUCCACUGAGUUACUGGACGCUGCCCUGGAGGAGGAGAGAGGCACCCUGAUAGCGAGGAAGGUGGGGGAGGCGGUGCAGAACACUUUAGGAGCUGUAGUGGGGGCCAUCGACAUCCCUCUGGGCCUGGUGAAGGACGCCGCCCGCCCGGCCUACUGGGUCCCAGAUCAGGACAUCCACUCCUGCAGCGAGUGUCAGAAGGAGUUCUCCCCGCGCCUCUCCAUCCACCACUGCCGCUCCUGUGGACAGGGCGUGUGCGGUGACUGCUCUCAGGAGCGCCGCCCCGUGCCCUCCCGCGGCUGGGACCACCCGGUGAGGGUCUGCACCGGCUGCAACCAAAAACCAGGGGAGCUCUAGCAGGACGCAGAGGAGGAGGCUGUUUGAGGACGCCUGUCAAAAAACUGGAAAUUGGCUAAAAGGCUUCAGUUCCUCUUUUAGCGGCAUUUCUUGGCUGCCAAUAGACUGUCUGUGGCAGGUUUUCAAAACUAUUCGUCAGUCCCUUAAUGUUCUUUCACUUAAAUAUGCCUAUAUUUUACACUGUGAAGAAUGUCAGACAGAGUAAGACUUGAAUAUCAAGAAGGAAGGAGAGAUAAAACUGCUUGCUAGCGUUUUAUGAAAGUGAGUUUUAAGUGUUAAUGCUUACAAUUGAGUGCGGUAAUAUCCAUGUACCCCUAAUCCUUUUAAAAUGUGUACUGAUGUACAACCCCUAUGACAAUCCCUCCCAGUGUGACCCACUAGUACUAUUAUAAUUAGUCUGGGGCUACAUGUGUGAACCGUUAGAUAAUAGAUGCGUCUUAAACUGAUCCCGGGUAAGCACUUUUAUUCUGAGAAUGUUUCCGCUGGAGCCCCUGGAUAUAGCACUUCAGAGAAACCCUGAAAGAAUGAUCCACCAAAAUGAAUUAUGGUCCUUUUUAAAUGGAGUUACAGUAGUUUCCCUCCUCUUCUUCAAGAGGAUUAGAACAAUCAGAAGCCAAUAAUGUACUGUAACAUCGAGAUGCAUUCCUACUUAUAUAAUUACUUAACUUCUUAUAUAAUAAGAUUUGAAUGGGAAGAUCAGAACAGCCUUAAUAACGCUGUCCACAUUGUUUAAAUUUAACAUAGAAUAUACAUAUAAGGGGAAAAAUUUUCCUAAUAGGGAUAUUUUUUUGAAAGGCUUGUGUUGUUUUUAUGUUAAAGUACUAUUUGCUUACAAUACACAUCUGAUGAACUGCAACAGGAACUGAUUUUAUAGAGUGGCUGGCUCACAGUAGCAAUAUGGAACAGAAAAAAAAUAACUUGAAAACAUCUUUGAGGCUGGCCCCUCAAAACAAGGAAAAAUAUUUAGAGUGUUUACUCUGUCUACUCAGGCUGUGUAGCUAGGAGCAACGUUUGAGACUGUACUGUACAAUCAUCUGACAAAUACAUCAUGAGGAUGCAGCUAGGGCUUCCGACUGAACACUAGGGGGUUGUGAGGACUGGAUUUGAUUUUUUAAGUGACUGUUUGGGAGAGUUGGCUACCAAUUCCACAAAUAAGCUGAAUUAAUAGGAAUCGUAUUACUGUCCCUGUCUCAGAGAAAGAUGUUCAAUGAAUACAAAAUAUCAAAAGGAACAAAUCAAUACCUUUAUGCACAUGUACGCUCAUACAGUAUGUAAUAAACUGCAGAAACUCAGUCUCUGUCAUUUAGGAGCAAAUACAAAGCAUUAGAUAUCAAUAAUUUCUUUAGAAUAAGACAUGGUGUUGAUUUACAUUAUGAGCGCAGCACCAUCCUUUUCAAAUCAGAUCAAAGAAAUCCUAAAUAACAUAUUAAAAAAAUCAUCCAAUUCUUAAGUAAGGGCACUUUUUCUUGUAAAUGUUACAGAUUUCUUAAAUUCGGUAAUUGCCAUGUAUGCCACACGUCUAUUACAAUAACAUAAUAAAAACCACCCAUCGAGACUUGAUUGUAACCCCCUAUAUGGAAGCAAACCUGUGUACAUGAACUGCAUACUGGCCAAACUUUGUCUUUAUAAAAUACCUAAAGAUUUUGUAUAUGAAUAAAACUCCUUCCAUACA